GGCAUGCUGCGCGCUGCUGACAGCCUUAUAAAUAGUCGCCUUUGCGGGCGGCGGGCGAGGACGGGCAGGGCACCACUGGCCCCGACGCCCGCCGCACCCCUCCCCCAGGACUGUCCUCGCCACCUGGCUCCUCCGGCGGGAAGAGGUGGACAGAAGGGAGUUGCUGCCCUUUUGUAACAGUGGACGUACACCGAGGAAAGCACGCUGACUCGGCUCCCCGGACCUCAGCAGGAUGGAAGAGAAGCUGAAGAAAGCCAAGAUCAUCUUCGUGGUGGGAGGGCCCGGCUCGGGGAAGGGCACCCAGUGUGAGAAGAUUGUCCAGAAGUACGGCUACACCCACCUCUCCACCGGGGACCUCCUGCGGGCCGAGGUCAGCUCGGGCUCGGCCAGGGGCAAGAUGCUGUCGGAAAUCAUGGAGAAGGGGCAGCUGGUGCCACUGGAGACAGUGUUGGACAUGCUCCGAGAUGCCAUGGUGGCCAAGGUAGAUAUUUCCAGAGGCUUCCUGAUCGAUGGCUACCCUCGGGAGGUACAGCAGGGAGAGGAGUUUGAGCUGAGGAUCGGACAGCCCACACUGCUGCUGUAUGUGGACGCAGGCCCGGAGACCAUGACCCAGCGGCUCCUGAAGCGCGGAGAGACCAGCGGGCGAGUGGAUGACAAUGAGGAGACCAUCAAGAAGCGGUUGGAGACCUACUACAAGGCCACGGAACCUGUCAUCGCCUUUUAUGAGAAACGGGGCAUCGUGCGCAAGGUCAAUGCCGAAGGCUCAGUGGACAGUGUCUUCUCCCAAGUCUGCACCCACCUGGAUGCCCUCAAGUAGCAGCACGGAGCCCUUCCCCAGCCGAGCCCCGCCCCACCCCUGUCCUGCCUGAGGCUGUCCUGGCCUGAGCUCCGCGCCUCCACCCUGCCAGGCUCGAGCACAGACAGAGGAAGCACUUUAUCCUGUUUUCAUGGACAGCCAAGCACUAAAGGCAUUUCCAAGGACA